UUAACAGUUAAAAAUUGCAGUUUUAAAUAUUUAUUUUGUUUAACAUAACCACAGUUGUCAUAUGCACGCUAAACACAGCUCAACAUAUGUUUGUUAAACAAAAACACAAAAUACUGAAACGUCAACAGUGCCCAAACAAGUGAAAAAGUGUGUAGAAAAGGAAACAUAACUAACUGCAGUACUGAGGAGCAAUACAGUUUAAGGUGUUCUGGAGGUUUAACACUCCAAAGAUAUAUCUGAAUGCUGAUGACACCAGAUUUGAAGGCCAGCAUAAAACAAAGCAAUAUAUUUGACAACCAGCAGACAGCGUUUAGAUAGUAUUAGUAAUAGCAAAUUUGUUAUUCACUAAUUCGUGGAUUAGUAGCUGUCAAGUAACCUGAUCGUGACCGUAUAAAAAAUUUCACAUCAGCACUAAUACUGCUUAUAUGAGUAAUACUUAUAUUAAUUUACAGUGACGGAAGUGUGUAUAAUUAACUCGCAAUGAGUGCAUCAAUAAUAGCUAAUUUAUGUGUUUACAUCCUAACCUGGAAUGUCGGGACUCACCACCCAAAAGAUAUUUCUAUGAUGGAUGCUUUGUCACUAAACGGUACAACAGCCUGCCCGGACCAACAAUUGCCGGAUAUUUACGUUGUGGCAUUGCAAGAAGUCAGUACACAUGCUAAAAAUCAAUUCCUCAAUAUUUUCAAUGAUGAUCCAUGGACAUUUAAAAUUAAUGAGCAUCUUACACCACACAACUAUAUUAAAGUUGGUACAGAACAACUGCAAGGUAUCUUAAUUAUGAUGUUUGCACAACCCAAACACGAACCACAUAUAAAAGACGUGGAGGGACAGAGUACACGUACUGGUUUAGGUGGUUUAUGGGGUAAUAAAGGUGCCGUAAGCAUACGCAUGAGUCUCUAUGGUACCGGUGUAACAUUUGUGGGUGCACAUUUAGCGGCACAUGAUGACAAGUUGAGUGAACGCAUCGAAGACUACAAUCAAAUUGUGAAUAAUCACCAUUACAAAAUACCAAAAUAUCGUAAUAUUUUCGAUCAUGAUUACGUUUUCUGGUUUGGUGAUCUUAAUUUCCGUUUAACUGGCAGCGAUUCAGCAUGGGAUGUACGCUCUUUAGUGGAACAAGGUAAAUUGGAGGAGUUACUCGAACGUGAUCAAUUAACAUUGGCACGCAGUACAGGCAAUGCAUUUGCGCUACUCUCCGAAGAACCACCAACUUUCGCACCGACAUUCAAAUUCAUUGAAGGCACAUCGGAAUACGAUUUGAAACGACGUCCAGCAUGGUGUGAUCGUAUCUUACAUCGUGUGCAGGAAAAUCGUUAUCCUGAUAUAACUUUGAAUAUAACCCAGUUAUCGUAUAAAUCUCAUCCCAAUUACGUACUAUCCGAUCAUAAGCCCGUAACAGCUGAGUUUAUGUACAAAAUAGAGGCGCAAACGCAAACGGAUGAGGAAUUGUACGAAUUAACGCACGGUGGCGGCAGCACUGAAACUCCUUUAGCUAGUGUAACUAUCUUAUUUGUUGCAACUUUGUUGACAUUGUACUAAAGUCACGCAACACAACUUGUUUGUAUUGAUUUCUUUUUUCUUGUUUGUCUAUCUGCAGUUCGAUAGUGAAAAUGUUCGGCUCGCACCAAUGUAUUAAAGCUAAGCAAAAGUGUUUAUUACACAAAUAAGAAAUUUAAAGCAACAAGUCUGAUAAGAAGGUGCAAUGCUCGACAACGUGAUAAGUGCCAAAAUACCCAGUAUAACGGACAUACUCUAAAAUGAUUCUCUUUAAUAAAUACGUAUAUGUAUUUUGGCAGUCUCUUUAGUGGUUGUGUUAAAAAAUUUAUUAAUGUCCACUUUUUUUUUUAAAAUUUCUUCGUAUUGCAUAUAUGAAUCUCUUUGCGUGGAUUUUGAAAGCAUAUUCUUUGUUAAUAUAUAUACUAUUUUUAGAUUUUUCUGUUUUUCUUUUUAUUAAUAUAUGUCUUUUUUUAGACUUUUUUGUUCUUGUAUAUUGAGAUUUAUUGCAACUAUUUACACUAACUUUUCAUUUAGUUAAAUAACAUACUAACAGUACCUUAAAAAGUUAUUUGAACUUAUGUUGUUUCAGAAACAUUUAUAUAAAAAAUUAUGUUCAUUCUCGAAAAAAAAUUUUUUUUUGCUGCAAAAAUACGUUAUAAUUAUAUGCAACUACAACUAAAAACAACAUAAUUAUAUAGUAACAAUUGUAAUAUAUAUAAAGCUUUAAAUACAUAAAGAUAUUAAUAAUAAUAAAAUUUUUAAAAUUUGCUCAAAUUUGUUAAACUAUAGUAAGAUUACAUAUGUAUACUAUAUAAUUUACAAAAAUUAGUGUUUAAAAAUAUAAAAUUUGCCUUUAUAUUGAAAAAUGUUCACAUAUCAAAUAGAACUGAAAUGUAAAUUCUCGAAACGUUCGUAGUAGUAGUGUAUAAAGCGUUGAUUUGUAUAAAUUUUGCAAAUGUAAAGUGUAAAAGUAAAAUUAAAUACAACUAUAUUUUCAUAAAUAAAACUAAAAAGACAACUAACCCAA